ACCAUAUAUGGAUUGGAUUUAGAAUAUUAGAUCGUGGAAAUAGAUACUCACAAACAACAUAGCUCCCAUCAUUGUUUGAACUUUGUACCACCUAGCUAGUUCCUUGAAAACUCUUUCUUUAGCAUCCAGAUCAUCAUGAGUUUUCUUUCCAAGAGUUCUAGCCAAGGGGCUUCCAAAGGCUCUAAAGCACCGCCUUCUAAGCAUGUUUCAAAGGGUGAUGAAGGUACAGGAUCAUCGUUUCCCAGCAUCUCCUCCAAUAUGAAAAAUCUCUUCGGGAGAAGGUCUAAAGGCAGUAAGGCAAGUAGCGACUCUCAACAACCAUCUCCAAAUAAUGAAAAUCCAGAACCGGCCUUCUCACAGGCUGGUAAAACCACGUUUAAACCGAAGAAUCUUAGCAUCUUUUCGGAGGAAGAAAGUCAAGCUUGGACAAUUUCUGAAAGCUAUAGGGACGGUCCUGCAGAGCUGCAAGAGGUGUGUUGGCUUGAUGUAACUGGUUCAAUGACUGCUACCAAAGGGAAGGCGUAUGAAAUUAGCUUCAUAUUAUCCAUGAAUGAAAAGAAUUCCUUUGGCUGGGAAGAUCCUGUUUAUGUGAUGGCAAGGAUAGGAGAGAAGGGAGAGUAUACGCGCGUAAAAAUAGAUCUAUCGAAGUUAGGCCUGAAAGAAGAGGAAUUUCCAGAGGAGAAGUGUCGGGUUGAUUUUAGAAGUGAUGAAAACUCUGAAAAUAAUAAGAAAACACUCUAUUUUGGCUUGUAUGAGGUGUGGACUAACCACUGGAAGGGUGGUCUACGGAUCCAUGAGGCCAUUGUUCGGGAAGUAACAGCUGAGGAUUCUGCUUCUACGUCUAAUACCCGUUCGGACGACUCCAAAGUGCAAGAAGUAACAGCUGACAAUUCUACUUCAGCAUCUGAAAGCGCUCUGGACAAAGGCUGUUUUGAGGGUCAAAAUCUAUUUCCAAUGCCUACUUCCAGGAAUUUUCAGUGAUUUGAUUUCUAAUCCGGAUCUCCAUCUGACUAUUUAUCUGUUUUUCGUAAGUGUCAUAUUUCAAGUUAUUUUCAUUUUCUUAGUCAGCGCAUCUAUGGCAAACUUAUAUUAUACAAUGUUAAGACCCCAGUUAUUUGGUUAUGGAUUGAAUAAGAACUAUAUAUAGACUUAA